AGCCGGAUGCUCUGCAGCCUACCAGCUGCAGGCCCUGCCAGCCCUCCCUCUCCUCCAGGGCUGGGUUUUUCCAGCCGGAACCUCGCUCCCUCUACGGCGAUCUCUGGAAAUUGGUGUCUGACGCGGCUGCUCCUGCCUAUUAUUUAUUUAUUUCUUCUUUUCUUCCCGCUGAGACCCUCCUGUCAGAAGGAGAGCUGCAGUCCGGAGACAGAGAAAAGCAGAAGCUGCAGGGAGAGCUGGGAGCAAAGAGGAGGUAGAGAGGGACUCCCAGACACCCUUGUCUGCUUACCCUAGAGGACCAUGAGCACCGGGCAGGAAGCCAGGAGAGACGAGGGAGACUCCAGGAGAGGCCAGGAAGCCUCGCUUCGGGACCGAGCCCACCUGAGCCAGCAGCGCCGGCUCAAACAGGCCACCCAGUUCUUGCACAAGGACUCGGCUGACCUGCUGCCUCUGGACAGCCUCAAGAGGCUCGGCACCUCCAAAGACCUGCAGCCACACAGCGUGAUCCAAAGACGCCUGGUGGAGGGGAACCAGAGGCGGCUUCAGGGGGAGUCUCCCCUGGUGCAGACACUGAUCCACGGCCAUGACAGCAGCAGGACCAGUGGGACACAGGUUCCAGCUCUUCUUGUCAACUGCAAGUGCCAGGACCAGAUGCUUCGAGUGGCUGUGGACACAGGGACCCAGCAUAAUCAGAUAUCUGCUGGAUGCCUCAGGCGCCUGGGGUUAGGGAAGAGGGUCCCAAAAGCCCCAGGUGGGGACCUGGCACCUGGGCCACCAGGUCAGGUGGAACAGCUGGAGCUAGAGCUGGGGCCGGAGACUGUGGCAUGCUCGGCCCAGGUGGUGGAUGUGGACAGCCCUGAAUUUUGCCUGGGACUGCAGACUCUGCUUUCCCUUAAGUGCUGCAUUGACCUGGACCGUGGAGUGCUUCGGCUGAAAGCCCCCUUCUCGGAGCUGCCCUUCCUGCCUCUGUACCAAGAGCCUGGCCAGUGACCAGUGUCUCAGCCAGUCCCUAGGGCGACACCGUGCCUUAGGGGAAGAGUGGUGUGGAGUGGGACGUCACCUGAGCAGGGCAUCUGGAGACCACCGCAUUAGUCUCUUCUCACCACCCUGACCUCGCAGUUGCCACCCCCGUCUCUGCUUCUCCAUAGCUGCCCUCUGCCCCAGGAGUUCCUACAGAGUAUCCAUGACUCCAAGGUCCUGGCUUCCCGCUUCUCUCUUAUCCCUUCCCAAGAGCACAGCCAAGUCAGUUACAGAAAAGGACCUAUGGAAAAUGGACUUUGGGGUUGAGGAUUUAGCUCAGUAGUAGAGUGCUUGCCUAGCAAGCGCAAGGCCCUGGGUUCGGUCCUCAGCUCUGAAAAAAAAAGAAGGAAAAUGGACUCUGUCCUGGCUGUGGGGGUCAAGGUCACCUGCUGCCUCCACCUGUCUGAAGUCCAACCCAAGCACUCCUCCACUGCCCUUACCACUAAUCUCCCACCUCUAGGGCUUAUCUGUCACAACCAGACUCCCAGCCUGUGUGCCAGCCGCUCCUGACACCUGCACUCAUCUGCUUAGAGUUGGGUGGGAGUGACAAGUAAGUAGGACUGUUGUCUAGGAAGGUCCAGUCCCUGAGCUGAGUGCUUUCAGUCAUUGUCUUUUCUGGGCUGCAGAUGUCUGAGUGUCUUUCUGGCUGGGCUGAUUCUCAAAUCAUGGUUAGAGGAAGAGAGACAAUGGUAUACCUAACCCGAACUAGGGAACCGGGUCCCUUACGUGGGAACUAAAUACUAAGCCUAGGGUAGACCAAAGAGGAACCAGGACACAGCCUCACUUUCUUUACUUUCAAGAGCAGGCCAGCUUAGUGUAAGUGCCAUGGUACCUGGUCUCAUCCUCACUCCCUUACCACCUUGCUUCAAGACCUAUGCUCCUUCCCCAGUCUGCCUCCUACUGCUGCUGUAAUGGCAGACCUGGCCCAGGGCAGGCCCUUAGCCUGCUUCUGCAUUAGAAUAAACACUGGUUCUCUAA